ACCUGGGGCACUGGAGCCCUGCCUCCCGGUCACCCCGCAGCAGCCUUCACUUUCUGGAGGCUGCAGUGCAGAGACACGGCGCCCGCCUGCCGGAGCCCCGCCGCGCUGUCCUAGCAGCAGCCUGAGUCUUAGAGCACCGGAGCUGCGCCGCCCAGGAGCUACCCCAUGGCAGAGCAGCUGGCCUUCGUGAUAGGAGGCAUCAUUGGGGGGCUGCUGCUGAUGAUCGGAGUGAGCUGCUGUCUGUGGAGAAGGCUUUGUGCCACCUUCACCUAUGAGGAACUGCCAGAGACACCGGACCCAGCUACCGCCUCUUCCUUCAGCAGGAAAGAGGACAGGCUCUGCCAGUAUGCUGGGACCCCACCUGGCAGGCUACCAAGUGUACCAUUUGUAGUGCCCCCUUCUCACCAAGGUCGAGACUGGGUGUCCUUACAUGGUGGUGAUUGGGCUGUGGCCGCACAGGACCCUUGCCCUGUUCCAGAGCACAUGACCUACACCUCCAGUGCCAACCCUGGAAAUGCAUGUGUGGUGGGGAGCAUCAACCCCGAGCUGUACAAGUCCUCAGAGGACACGAGUGAGACAGGCUUCCCUGAUGGCUGCCUAGGCCGGCUGUGGUUCUCAGUGGAAUACCAGCAGGAGUCUGAGCGGCUGCUGGUGGGCCUGAUCAAGGCUCGGCAACUGCGAGUCCCCUCUGAGACCUGCAGCAUCUUGGUGAAGCUCCACCUGCUGCCUGACGAGCGACGCUUCCUCCAGUCCAAGAACAAAUGCAAAACUUGCAACCCACAGUUUGAUGAGAACUUCAUCUUCCAGGUAUCCAGCAAAAGUGUCACCCAGAGAGUGCUGAAGUUCUCCGUGUACCAUGUGAACAAGCAGAGGAAGCACCAACUCCUGGGACAGGUGCUGUUCCCAUUGAAGAAUGAGACCCUGGCAGGGGACCACCACCGGAUCAUUUGGAGAGACCUGGAAGCUGAGAACCUGGAGCCCCCCUCGGAGUUUGGUGAUCUCCAGUUCUGCCUCAGCUACAACGACUACCUGAGCCGCCUGACUGUGGUUGUGCUCCGAGCCAAGGGUCUCCAGCUCCAGGAGGACAGGGGUGUUGUCAGUGUGUUUGUCAAGGUGUCUCUGAUGAACCACAACAAAUUUGUCAAGUGCAAGAGGACUUCUGCCGUACUGGGCUCCAUCAACCCCGUGUACAAUGAAACCUUCAGCUUUAAGGUUGACGCCAAUGAGCUGGACACCGCCAGCCUUAGCCUGGUGGUGCUGCAGAUCACAGAAGGGAACAAGAGCCACCCCCUGGGCCGAGUGGUAGUGGGCCCCUACAUGUACACCCGUGGCAAAGAGCUUGAACACUGGGGCGAGAUGCUCCGCAAGCCGAAGGAGCUGGUGAAGCGCUGGCACGCACUCUGCCGCCUCACGGAGCCCUGAGCCAUCGUGAGCCCAUCAGUAUAUGUAUGUGACACCACACCAUGGACAUCUCAUCUAACACUCAGUGUACUACGGGGCUAGCCUGAGCCAGCGGCUCACAAGUGCUUGUGUGCAGGAAGGAAAAGGGACCCAAGCCAGCUUUGGCUAGUAUCUGUGGCCAAGAGCCUCUCUGCAUCCACCUAACCCCUCCGGAUUUGUGGGGCUCCUGACCAUCAGGGUCAUGACUUCGAGCAGGAUCUCAGGGGUUGAGAACUGAUACUCUAUCUGGUGGAGUACAGCUGCAUGUGAAUGGGAGCAUAGCAGCAGCCGAAUCCCACCACCUUGGAAAGCUGGUGGUGGGUUGAGGCCACAGCUGUAUUGUUUUUCAAGCUGGACGUUCUCUGUCUUCCACCCAGCAGAGAGAAUUGUGGGCCCCAACAGGGAGAGACCUGUUGAACAGCCCACCCACAUACCAGGAGGUCAACAAGGUGGUCAGUACAGCUUGCUGUGUAGCCCCUCCCUGGAGCCAUAUAAGACUUGGCAGCCAAAAUUACAUGACAUCUUGACCACAGCCAUCCUCCUCAGGAUGCCGUACCUCACACCCCACUUCAAGUGAUGUCCUGCUGGGUUUCAUGGUCACCUGGUUAACAAAAUUUGGACAUUCAGCUCCUAAUUCUUACCUCAGGCAGGUGAAUCCAUGGGACCAUGGUAUUGUCCACAAGACUGAUGACCAUGACAAGAGGCAUAAACUUCAUUAGGUCGGUGGUCCCCAGAAUCAAAGUCACUGUCCCCAAAUGCCCAUUCGUUGAUCUAGUUGAUCUAAUGAGCAGCCGCUGUGCCAGUUAUUUCUCUGUGUCUGUACCCUAAGCUGCAGACAGGCAGAAGAGUCCAUGCACUAUACUUAAAGCAGAACUGCCUGCCUGUGUCUCUCUUGUUGCUUGCAGUGAAGUGACUUCAGUUAAAGUAGAGGGAGCAGUAUCUGUGCCUCUUUAGGUCCACUUCUGAUGUCUAUCAAUAUGCAAACACCAGUUCUGCCUGAUUGGUCCAGAAGGACACACCAUCUUGCUUGCUUCUUCCUCUCUCACUUCACUUCACACUUUCAGGGUGACCCACACUGCAGUGGCUUCCAAUAGCUUCACUGCACACACACACACACACACACACACACACACACACACACACACACACUGCUCCUUGUACCCAGGCUGCUGAAGCAGAACUUCAGUAUUUCAUCUGGAACCUGGAGGCCACGGAUGAUGCCACCACACCCAUACUCCAGCAUGAGACUCUUGAUUGACAGUGAUCUUCCCCAGAUGACUGGGGAAAGUUAGUAGACUCGUACAUCUGAAAGGCCUCUGAGAAACUGAAACGGCAAGAAAUCAGCAGGUGGUGUGCUCUGAGGAGUGAAAGGGGAAGCAGCCAUAUUGUAGAGACAUGUAUAUACUUUUAACGAUAAAGAAACAUGCAGGUUUUCAUGGGCCAGUGUGAGCUCUCAGGGGCUGUCUCAGAUCGUGUGUGUAUGUGACUCUAGCAGAAACUCUUUACAUUCCCACAGAAUACCUGAGAAUAAGGUGGGUGAUCAGCUCCCCAGAAGAGUGUACAAUUUGAUCCAAUUUUAUUUAACACAUACCAAUAUGAGAACCAUUUGACAAAUGUAGAUUAUUUCAAUUCAUUAGUACAAUAUAUUUAUCCAGUUGUUUUGCUUUUAAUAAGAGGGGCUCAAAAUCAUCUCAGUUGGGCCCAUAAGGUCUCACAGAGACUGAACUGCCAAGCAGAAAGCCUGCAUGGGCCUGACCUAAGGCCUCUGCACAUAUGUUACAGCUGUGUAGCCGGGUCCUUAAGUGGACAGCAGGAGCAGGGGCUGUCUCUGACUCUGUCGCCUGCUUUUGGACCCCUUCCUCCUACUGGGCUAUCUUGUCUAGCCUAAACAGGAGAGGAUGCACCUAGUCCUACUGCAACUUGAUAUGCCAGCGCUAGUUGAUGUCCAUGGGAGGCCUCCCCUUUUCUGAAGAGAAACCGAGGAGGAGUGAAUU